GUGUGUGUGUGUGUUCCAGAUGAGCGUCUGACAGCAGAGCAGAUGGAUGAACAGAGGAUCCAGAACGUGGCCUAUCAGUACCUCUGCAGGCUGGAGGAGGCCAAGAGGUGGAUGGAGGCGUGUCUGGGGGAGGAGCUCCCUGCUCCCUCCGAGCUGGAGGAGGCGCUGAGGAACGGGGUCUUCCUCGCCAAGCUGGGUCAUCGCUUCGCUCCCAACGCUGUCGCCCUGAAGAAGAUCUACGACCCCGAGCAGCUACGCUACCAGGCGGCUGGUCUUCAGUUCCGUCACACCGACAACAUCAACCACUGGAGGAACGCCAUGACGACGCUCGGCCUGCCAUCGAUCUUUUACCCAGAAACUACAGACGUGUACGACAGGAAGAACAUGCCCCGAGCGGUUUACUGCAUCCACGCUCUCAGCCUGUACCUGUACAGACUCGGUCUGGCUCCACAGAUCCAGGAUCUCUACGGGAAAGUCAAGUUCACAGAGGAGGAGAUCAACAACAUGAAGUCUGAGCUGGAUAAAUAUGGGAUCCAGAUGCCGGCCUUCAACAAGAUCGGAGGGAUUCUGGCCAAUGAGCUGUCAGUGGACGAGGCCGCAGCCCAUGCGGCGGUGAUUGCCAUCAACGAGGCGGUGGACAGAGGAGAGGUGGCGGUGACGGCGGGCGCUCUGAGGAACCCCAACGCUCAGCUGGCCGAGCUGCAGGACGCCCUGAUGGCCGUCUACCAGGAGAUGCUGCAGCAGGACAAGAACAGGAAGAGACACGCAGCCAAUAGGGGUGGAGGUCCAGAGGAGAAAGAUAUCUACGAAGAGUUUCUGACUCAGAGAGAAAUCCAGAACAACAUCAACCUGGUUAACGUGCGUUGGGCGGUGGAGCAGGUGGAUGAAGCUCUGGACUCUGCAGAUGAACUCUCUCUGCUCUCUGCUCUGCAGCUGCCAUGUUUGGCCCUCAGGGGCCUCCGUACUGAAAACAGCCCCUGGUACCUGGACCAGCUGUCUGCAGAUCGCCAGCAGAAAGCCCUGGAGGAGGGGUGUGUUGAUCCUCUGGAUCCUGACGAGCUGCAGGAAGCCGUAACCCUCGGCAACCAGGAGGCUCACCGAGCCAGGACAGUGGAUGCAGCGCUGCAGAAGGUGAAUGAGUCUCUACGUCUCAGUGACCCCCGACACACUGUCAGCUGUCUGAUGACCUCUGACCUGCAGCUUCCUGAAGUGUUUCCAUUCGCUGCAGCUCUCUACCACCGAGAGCUGCAGCUACUGCAGACACAGAGCACACAGGGGGAGCUGCAGCAGGAGGAGCUGUUUGUUGCCGUGGAGAUGCUGUCGGCUGUCGCUCUCAUCAAUCAGGCGUUGGAGGCGGGACGUGUGCAGCAGUUCAGCUGCUCAUUGGUCAGUCCGUCUGCAGGACUCUCUGAUGUUGAGGACUCUCUGCUGGACAGGUACUUUGAGUGUCUGGUUGGUUGGAAGAAGAAACAGCUGAACGGAGAUCUGCUGACCUGGAAUCAGCUGCAGGAAGGAAUCAACUCUGUUAAUAACUCAGCAGAGGACGAACACCAACAGGUGGUGUGUGUGCGAGUGGUGAACCAGGCCGUGCUGAGAGGAGACCCUGACCAGCUGUUGUCUGCUCUGCUGCUGCCCUCCUGUGGAGCUGAGGAGGUAACACCUGGAAACAUCUGGAGGUACCUGACCCUGCUGCAGAGAGCCAGGCAGCACAGAGCCAAGGUGAGCAGAGACCCAGGAGCUGAGCUGUGGUUGGCUGAUAUCCAGGAAGCUGUGACGAGAGUCAAUCAGCAGAGCCAGAAAGCUCUAAAGAUGUGUCUGUCCCUGGCUGCAGUGAACCAGGCUGUGAAGGAGAACCGAGUGAAUCAGACUCUUCGUGUCCUGAGUCUCCCUGAAGUCCAGCUGCAGGAACUACUUCCUGUCUGCGCCGCCGAGUAUCAGAGAGAGCUGCUCAGCCUGAUCAACCAGAGGACACUGGCAGGAGACAACAGGGUCAGUGGUUUCAGGUCCAGCUGGAUGGCUCGUUUUCUUCCUGGACUUGAAAGAGACUGCAGGAAGCUGGGAGAAAACCAAGGGCUUCAUCCACAUACCAGUGUUCCUGGACGACGUAGAUACAGGAUUGUGUUUUUGUCCCCCAUACAGGAAGUGGUGAGCAGGGUUUCGGGCUCGUACAGCCGCAGCGUGCUGUGGCGGAGCAGCGAAGCCCUGCUGGUCCGCCUGCAGGCCGCCAGUCGAGGCUUCCUGCUCCGACAGAAGCUGCAGGCUCGACGAGGCUACCUGAGCAGCCACACACCUGCUGUCAUCAUCAUCCAGUCUCACUGGAGGAGGUUUGUCCAGCAGGGGGCGUACCGACGCCGGCUGCAGUUCCUCUACAUGAACUGGAGAGCUGUUGUCAAGAUUCAGGCGUUUGUGAAGAUGUGGUUGGCGAGGAGAAAGUAUCGAGCUCGACUGAGUUUCUUCAGACGCCACGUUGGCGCUGUGAUAAAGAUCCAGGCUUUCUUCAGGGCCAACCGAGCUCGAGAGGAGUACAGGAUGCUGGUGCACUCGGCCACGCCCCCUCUGUCCGUGGUCAGGAAGUUCGUCCACCUGUUGGACCGCGGCGAUGGUGACAUCACCGAGGAGGCGGAGCUUCUGCGUCUGAGGGAGGAAGUAGUGCGGAGCAUCCGCUUUAACCGCCAGCUGGAGGAAGACCUGACGCUGAUGGACCUGAAGAUCGGCCUGCUGGUCCGAAACAGAGCCACGCUGCAGGAAGUUGUGUCUCACUGUAAGAAGCUGACGAAGAAGAACAAGGAGCAGCUGUCAGACAUGAUGGACGUGGAGAGAAGUAAAGGACUGAAAGCUCUGAGCCGAGAGAGGAGAGAGAGACUGGAGGCCUACCAGCACCUCUUCUACCUGCUGCAGACCCAGCCCCUGUACCUGGCCCAGCUGAUCUUCCUGAUGCCUCAGAGCCGAUCCACCAGCUUCAUGGAGAUGUUGGUCUUCAGUCUGUUUAACUACGGAUCAGACUGCAGAGACGCCUUCCUGCUGCUGCAGCUGUUCACUGCAGCACUCACACACGAGAUCAGGGAGAAGGUGGAGCAGCCUCAGGACAUCGUCACCGGCAACCCCACCGUCAUCAAGAUGCUGGUGAACUUCUACCGCCACGCUCGCGGCCAGAACUCCCUACGGGAGACUCUGGGUCCGGCUCUGCAGGACGUCCUGCUGGACCGCACGCUCAGCAUCAGGACGGACCCAGUGGACGUCUAUAAAACCUGGAUCAACCAGACGGAGACGCAGACCGGACACAAAAGCUCUCUGCCCUACGAGGUCUCCCCCGCCGACGCUCUCAGUCACCCUGAAGUCCAGCGACGCAUCGACAUCGCCAUCAUCAACCUCAAGAACCUGACCGACCGAGUCCUCAAAGCCAUCACCUCCAACCUGCACAAACUGCCGUACGGUCUACGUUACACGGCGAAGGUUCUCCGAGACGCUCUGAAAGCUAAGUUCCCUGAAGCCAGCGAGGACGAGCUCUAUAAGAUCGUGGGGAACCUGGUCUACUACCGCUACAUGAACCCGGCCGUCGUGGCUCCGGACGGCUUCGACGUGGUGGACCGGUCCGCCGGCUCGGCCCUGCAGCCGGAGCAGCGCCACAUCCUGGGCUCCAUCGCCCGCAUGCUGCAGCACGCCGCCGCCAACAAGCACUUCCACGGAGACGGCUACCACGUCAGAGCUCUGAACCAGUACAUCAGCCAGACCCACAGCCGGUUCAGGAAGUUCCUGGUGUGUGUGUGUGACGUUCCUGAACCUGAGGACAGAUUCAACAUGGACGAAUACUCGGAGCUGCUCAUCGUCAACAAACCUGUCGUCUACAUCUCAGUCAGCGAGCUGCUCAACACACACACAUUGUUGUUGGAUCAUCAGGAGGUUCUGUGUCCUGACCCCUCCAACCCUCUCAGACUGCUGCUCAAUGACCUGGGACCAGUCCCCACCCUGCAGGAACUCACUGGAGAGUCUUCUUCGUCAGCUGAUCCAGGAUCUGAGGUUUCUCUGACUCUCACCAACAAGUUCGACAUCUUCAACGAGUCUGAGGACAGACCGGACGCCAGAGGACUGCUGCUCAGCACCAAGCAGCUGAUCAUCGAUGUCAUCAGGACGCAGUCAGGUGACUCUCUGACAGACAUGCUGAGAACCUCUGUGUCACAUGACCAGGAAGUGUGUCAUGAUUGGCUGAUGCAGCGGCGAGCUCGGCAGGACGCCCGCACGCCUGACAAGAUGAAGAGGAACGAGUCGCUGGUCGCCAACGGCAACCUGAGUUUGGAGGAGAAGAAGAGGAAGAUCCUGAGAUGUCUUCGUCGUCUGGAGGGACUCGGAGUCCUGAGAGCCCCAAACCCCGAGAACCAGAUCCUGCAGAUGAUCGCCAAGGACAUCCGUCAGCAGCGUGUGCACCGCCAGCGGGGGGCGGAGCUUCAGAAACUCCGUCAGACUCUCAGCAGCCUGCAGGACAAGAGCAGCUUCCACAGCCAGCAGGUGGACUACUACAGACAUUACAUCACUUCCUGUCUGGACCACCUGACUCACAGCAGUAAAUCGACCAAUAAGAAGAAGCUUCCUGCUCUUAGCUACAGCGCCGCCCGGCUGCAGGAGAAAGGAGUUCUGGUGGAGAUCCAGGACCUGCCAGCUACACAGUUUAAGAACGUGGUCUUUGACAUCGUCCCUGGACCGGAGAAAGGAACGUUCAACGUCAAAGCUCGAUUCCUCGGCAUCGAGAUGGAAGAGUUCCCGCUCAAAUACCAGGAUCUGCUGCAGCUGCAGUACGAAGGCGUGGCCGUGAUGAAGAUGUUCGACAAAGCCAAAAUCAACGUCAACCUGCUCAUCUUCCUCCUCAACAAGAAGUUCUUCAAGAAAUGAAGUCCUGCUCUUCUUCUACUCUCCUAUCUCUGGUUUAAUAUCUACAACAGAGUGACCCAUCCUCUCUACACUCCUAUCUCUGGUUUUAUAUCUACAACAGAGUGACCCAUCCUCUCUACACUCCUAUCUCUGGUUUUAUAUCUACAACAGAGUGACCCAUCCUCUCUACACUCCUAUCUCUGGUUUUAUAUCUACAACAGAGUGACCCAUCCUCUCUACACUCCUAUCUCUGGUUUUAUAUCUACAACAGAGUGACCCAUCCUCUCUACACUCCUAUCUCUGGUUUAAUAUCUACAACAGAGUGACCCAUCCUCUCUACACUCCUAUCUCUGGUUUUAUAUCUACAACAGAGUGACCCCUCCUCUCUACGCUCCUAUCUCUGGUUAUAUAUCUACAACAGAGUGACCCAUCCUCUCUACACUCCUAUCUCUGGUUUUAUAUCUACAACAGAGUGACCCAUCCUCUCUACACUCCUAUCUCUGGUUAUAUAUCUACAACAGAGUGACCCAUCCUCUCUACACUCCUAUCUCUGGUUUUAUAUCUACAACAGAGUGAACCCUCCUCUCUACACUCCUAUCUCUGGUUAUAUAUCUACAACAGAGUGACCCAUCCUCUCUACACUCCUAUCUCUGGUUUUAUAUCUACAACAGAGUGAACCCUCCUCUCUACACUCCUAUCUCUGGUUUUAUAUCUACAACAGAGUGACCCAUCCUCUCUACACUCCUAUCUCUGGUUUAAUAUCUACAACAGAGUGACCCAUCCUCUCUACACUCCUAUCUCUGGUUUUAUAUCUACAACAGAGUGACCCCUCCUCUCUACGCUCCUAUCUCUGGUUAUAUAUCUACAACAGAGUGACCCAUCCUCUCUACACUCCUAUCUCUGGUUUUGUAUGCUACUACAUCAUGUUUUUAUAUAUCUCAUAACUAACUAACCAAUCAGCUAAGCUUUAUCGACAUGUUAUUGCUGCAUUAUUGCACAUUUUAAUAAGGGAACCAAAUAGUUAAAUAAUCAUGAGACAUGGUUAGUGUUGGGCAUCUUCUCUACACUCCUAUCUCUGCUGUUAUGUCACUACGUUAUCUUUUAUAUAUAUUAUAUAUCUAUCUCUAUAUACGUCACUGUACUUGUGUUUGUCUCUCACUCUCAACGUGUAGUUCUGCUUCCUGUCUGUGUUUUAAUCUCACUAGAGUUUAAACAGAGUGAAGCAUCUUCUCUACACUCCACUCUCUGUUUUUAUACGUCACUACGUUUCCUGUUUUUAUUUCCUGCUAAUCAGACAGAGUGAGACAUCCCUCUGGCUCCUAUCUCUGCUCAGGUUUAUUAUUAAUAAACAGACACCAGCUGAUUAUUUAAGAGAUAUCAUGUACCUUCAACACUAGUGUUAUUUUGGAGGGUGUAGUUUGUUCGAGGCUAUAAAUCAAGAACCAGAAUCUGAGUUAUGAUAUGAUCUUUGAGUUUAAAUACAUUUUAGAAAAGAAGCUGCUCUGAUCUAUAACUGUACAUAUUUUCUGUCACUUUCUGUUUUCUCUCUUUUACUUUUCUUUUUGAAGCAUGUUAAUAAUAAUAAACUGAAUUUCUGUAGUGCUUUUCAGAC